AUGGGUCGCGGUCCAAAGAAGCAUCAGAAACGCCUCAGUGCGCCUUCGCACUGGCUGCUGGACAAGCUCUCGGGCGCCUACGCCCCGAAGGCGUCUCCUGGGCCUCACAAAACUCGCGACUGUCUCCCCUUGAUCAUUUUCCUUCGAAACCGCCUCAAGUACUCGCUCAACAACCGUGAGACCACUGCUAUUUUGAUGCAGCGUCUCAUCAAGGUUGAUGGCAAGGUCCGAACUGAUAUCACCUAUCCAGCGGGUUUCAUGGAUGUCAUCUCUAUUGAGAAGACUGGCGAGCACUUCCGUCUGGUCUACGACACCAAGGGCCGUUUCGCUGUCCACCGUAUCGAGCAAGCCGAGGCAGAGUACAAACUCGGCAAGGUGAAGAGAGUCCAACUGGGCAAAGGAGGAAUCCCAUACUUGGUUACGCAUGAUGCUCGCACUAUCCGAUACCCCGACCCGGCCAUCAAGGUCAACGACACAGUCAAGAUUGACCUCGCCACCGGAAAGAUUACCGACUUCAUCCGAUUCGACACUGGUGUGAUUGCCAUGGUUACUGGUGGUCGCAACAUGGGUCGUGUUGGUGUCAUCACUCACCGUGAGAGACACGAUGGUGGUUUCAACAUUGUCCACAUCAAGGAUGCCAUUGACAACUCUUUCGCUACCCGGGAAAGCAACGUUUUCAUCAUCGGCAAGGAGAAGCCGUGGGUCAGCCUGCCCAAGGGCAAGGGUGUCAAGUUGUCCAUCGCUGAGGAGAGAGAUCGCCGCCGGGCUGUUCAAUUGGCCAACGCCAGAGCAUAG